UGCUGGUGCCAGUUGACUUCCCCAGCUGGCAGGCAGCGACUGAGGCAAAGAAGCAGGCAGGCGGGAGCCAUGCUGCAGUUCUUGCUUGGUUUUACUCUUGGCAAUGUGGUUGGGAUGUAUGUGGCUCAGAACUAUGAUAUUCCUAACAUUGCAAAGAAGCUUGAAGAUUUUAAGAAGGAUGUGGAAGCUAAGAAGAAACCUCCCAGUGACAAGUCCUAAGAGAGUGGUGUCAGCCAGGUCACCUCUAUGCACGCGUGAAGGAUGCAGUUUACUUUUCAGGCAACAAAGAUCAAGUAGAGAGUUGGCAUGGGAGGUUCCUCCAUUUUUAGUCUCCUAAAACUGGAAUGCCCUUCUUUGGAAAGAGCAAUCAUGAACUUUUCCUGGGACUGAUUUUCAGGGGUUUCAGAAUUUGGAUUUGCGGUUCAUAUGUGACUGCAUAGUAAGAUCAUUUGUAUUUUGUUAUUACUUUUCCUAAUAUUUUGUACCCCGUUUUUACCUGAUCCAACUGGAGUCCUCUUUGUCCUGUAACUAUGCGUCCCUCACACUUUGUAAUACCUUAGUUCUUAGAACACUGCAAAAGAAAUUAAAUGUAUCAAGAAGUGGCUUUCAGGGCUUUUUGUCAUUUGUUGUGGGCAGCCAUAUUUCACUGUCCUUAAGAUACUCAUUUGACACGGGAAAGUUCGUUUGUCAAACUGUGAAUCUGAGGAGAAGGUGAGAGCUCCUGCUUUUUCAUUGUUAAGUGAUCUCUUCCAGUAGUGCAGACUUUGCACGAACAUGGCUAAUGUCAAAAAGUAUAAAAGACUAUCAACUUCAAGAUUCUGUUCCUGGAGGUGUUCAAGAAAUAUGUGGACAUGACACUUCAGGACAUAGUUUAAUGGCUGCGGUGGUCUUAGGUCAAGGGUUGGACUUGAUGAUCUUAAAGGUCUCUUCCAACCAAAACAAUUCUAUAAUUCAACCUAUGUUUCAAAUUCAUUGUUUCUCCUACUGUGGUUUCUUCUUCUCUCUUUGGCUUGGUUGUCUGAAGAUGCCUCUGGAGUGAUGGGAAAGUGUAAUCUGGGCAUGUGGUCAGCAGUUACCUUGUGAAACUAAACCAUCGACUUUAUGUGCUUAAUGGUCCAGUUGGUGCAGUUGUUUUAGGUGUGCUUUUUUUUAUUGCCUCUUGGACUAGAGCACAGUAUUUCUCCUUGUGCAUGGUCUUCAGCCCAUUGCUUUUGCAUUUGAUUCAGGUGACUAUUGUGUAUUUUCUUAGCAUUAGAACCAUUUAUUCGCUCUCCCUCUU